CAAUAAUCAAGAAAUCUCGUUCUCGAACAACGAACAUAUUUGAAAAAAAUCCAUUUGUUUUCACAAAUUGGUCGUGAUUGUAUCCUUAUUUGAAUCGUUUUAAUUUGAAAAUGAAAUUAAUUCAUUACAUUCCAAUAACAGCGCUUUUUUGUACCUUAGUGCUCGCUAAUUCAUCAGGUAAAAAGCUUCAAAUCGGCAUCAAAAAAAGGCCCGCAGAAUGUUCUAUGAAAACCCGGAAAGGAGAUUUAUUACACAUACAUUACACGGGAACCCUUGUAGAUGGCACUGAAUUCGACUCAUCUUACUCAAGGAAAAUGCCCAUCACCUUCACUUUAGGUUCCGGACAAGUAAUUAAAGGUUGGGAACAAGGGUUGAUGGGCAUGUGCAUGGGAGAACAGAGGAAGCUGGUCAUCCCUCCGGAACUGGGCUAUGGUCAGGAGGGAUCCCCGCCAAAGAUACCAAAAUCUGCUAUUCUUAUAUUCCAUGUUGAGCUUGUGAAAAUUGAGAGAAAUGAAGACUUGUAAAUAAAUUAAUGUGUCACAAUUUA